AUGUUCAUGUCUGACCUAAUUUCCUCUUAUUUUUUUUUAACUUCUUUCGGUUCAGCGUUCCUCAUUUUCUCUCUAAUCUUCCUUUUCCUUCGUUAUCACAUUUUCCCUUUUUUUUUGUCUUCUUUUCUUUCAAUUCUUUUUUCCGAUAUUCUUUCUCUUGUUCGUUUUCUUCUAUUCUUUUUUUUUUUUUGUUUCUUUCUUUUUUUUUUUUUUUUUUUCGCUUCUUAUGUUCGGCGUUCCUUUCUCUUUCUUUUUCAUUUAUAUCUCUUCCCUGCAUUGACUUUUGUCGAUACUUUUUCCUUCUUUCUUUUUAUUUUAUUCGUUUUAAUUAAGUUAUUUUCAUCCUUUUAUUUCUUCCUUUUUUCUUUUUUUUCUUUUCUCUCCUCCUCUUCCCAUUUUUUUGUUUCCUUCCGUUCAACAUUUUCUUUCCCUAUCCUUUGUUAUCUUUUUCUUUUUUCUUUUUUUCUUCUUUUCUUUUUCUUUUAA